AUGGAGCCGGGAGAGGAGCAGCCCGCGGAGGGCGGAUCCCCCGCCGGCUUCCCCGAGCUGGAGCGGCUGAAGGCGGGCGCCGCCGAGUGCAUCGACGGCGCGGCUGCGCGUCUGGGCGCCCUGAGCCAGGCGAUCUGGAGCCAGCCCGAGCUGGCGUACGAGGAGCACCACGCCCACCGGGUGCUCACGAGCUUCUUCGAGCAGGAGCCGCCGGCCGCCUCGUGGGCCGUGCGGCCGCACUACCUGCUGCCCACCGCCUUCCGCGCCGAGUGGGAGGCGCCGGCGGCCCGCGCGGCCCCGCACCCGCUGCGGCUGGGCUUCCUGUGCGAGUACGACGCGCUGCCCGGCCUCGGCCACGCCUGCGGACACAAUCUGAUCGCCGAGGUGGGCGCGGCGGCCGCGCUGGGCGUCAAGGGGGCCCUGGAGGCCGGCCCGGGGCCGGCCCCGCCCGUGAAGGUAAUUGUCUUGGGAACCCCUGCAGAAGAAGAUGGUGGUGGCAAAAUUGAUUUAAUUGAAGCAGGGGCUUUUAAAAAUCUUGAUGUUGUUUUUAUGGCUCACCCAUCCCAAGAGAAUGCGGCUUACCUACCUGAUGUGGCUGAACAUGAUGUGACGGUGAAAUUCUAUGGAAAAACAGCCCAUGCUGCUGCUUAUCCCUGGGAAGGAGUGAAUGCCUUAGACGCUGCAGUUCUUGCCUACAACAAUAUAUCUGCACUGAGACAGCAGAUGAAGCCAACCUGGCGGGCUCAUGGUAUAAUAAAAAAUGGUGGAGUAAAGCCUAAUAUCAUUCCCUCUUAUACGGAAUUAAUGUAUUACUUCCGUGCCCCCUCAAUGAGAGAACUUCCAGUUCUGACCAAAAAAGCAGAAGAUUGCUUCAGAGCUGCAGCUUUGGCCACAGGGUGCACGGUAGAAAUUAAAGGUGAAGCACAUGAUUAUUACAAUGUUCUUCCCAACAAGAGCCUUUGGAAAGCCUACAUGGAAAAUGGAGAAAAGCUCGGAAUAGAUUUCAUUUCAGAAGAGGCAAUGUUGAAUGGUCCUUCAGGAUCUACUGAUUUUGGAAACGUCAGUUUUGUAGUUCCUGGGAUUCAUCCUUAUUUCUCCAUUGGAUCUAGUGCCUUAAAUCACACAGAGCAGUACACUGCAGCUGCAGGAUCGCAGGAAGCCCAGUUCUACACUUUGCGCACAGCCAAGGCCCUGGCAAUGACUGCAUUGGAUGUUAUUUUUAAACCAGCAUUACUGGAGAGAAUCCGAGAAGACUUUAAAUUGAAACUUCAAGAAGAGAACUUCUUAACCACAGUGGACUGACGAAAGAUUUAGGAACUGCUUCUGGAUUAAGUCACAAACCUUUUUGUCCCUCUCAUUUUUUUUUUUAAAUGAAAGAGGAGGGCAUGUGUGUUCUUUUGUCCUAAAGGAUCCAGAUACUUCACUCUGAGAAGUAACGGCAGGGUGUGGGGAAAGCACAUGACCUCAUAGACAAAACGAAAUUUUCACAAAUCUCAUUUUGUUGGAGUUGCAAUAAUUCAGAUCAAGCUUAUGAUGGAUUUCUUCUUACCCCCUCUUUCCUCCUGUGCCAGGAAUUGAACUCAGGGCAUAUGCUGGUAUUUCUUAACCUGUGGAUGCAUGGUUCAUUAUCAUAGUGAUGAUAUUUCAUAAAUCCAUGUUUGUAUUUCAAAAGAGUCACGCCUUAUAUUUCAAGCCUUAUAUUCAGAAUUGACACAUGGAAAAAUACUUUGGCACUGGUGGCAAAAUGGUUCUGUGGUUUUAAGAUUUGUGUUUUGAUUUAGUCCUGAUGUUAGGGAAAUUUUAUUUUAAUUACCCGGCUAUUUCUAUAUUGGUCUAGAGCAGCUUUUCUUAACCUUUCAUCCGUGGACAGGACCCGGCCUACUAGGUCCACGGAUCCAGUACACUGUGGACCUGUGGUUGAAGCCCACUGGUCUAGAGGAUCAUAAAAGUAGGUUUUGGGGUUUUUUGUUUUUUUUAAAUCAUACAAGUAGUUUUUCUCUAAAUCAUAAAAGUAGGCUUUUUUUUAUACCUGUGGACAGGAUUUUACCUGUUGACCGACACACAGAUCUGGUUAUAAUGUGAAUCAGUGGAUGAAGCUCACUGGUUUUGAGAAUCAUAAAAGGAGUUGUUUGGUUUGGUUUGGUUUAGUGUGUGUGUGUGUGUAUGUGUGUGUGUAUGGGUGGGGAGGGAGGGGGUUAGAUAUCCAAAUUGCUGUAGAAAACUCAAAACUCAAAUGUAAAAAAAUACUUUAGUUUUAAUAUUUGAAGGAGUAUGAACAUGUAUUUUUUUUUAAAAAAAAGACAUGUUUUUUAACAUUUGAAGGAGUGUGAAAGUGUUCUUUAAAAAAAUAAAAUUAGGUGCCCUUCCCACCCUGCGGAGGCCGAGAGUUGCCCCCCAUGAGCGGCUCUCUGGCAAGGCCAUGGCCGCAGAGGCACAUGAACCUAAUUUGGAGCCCAGGAGCCCAGCAGCUUUCGGCAGAAAUGUGAAUGGACUAGCAUUGAACUAUGGCGCUUAUGCCCCUCCUCCCCCCAGGGAAAGGGUGUCUGUCUCUUCCACCUCCCCCCACCCCCCACCUAGCACGGUGGCCGCUGCCUCAGAGCUUAUUGGACAGCCAGGUAUGAGCCGGUGGUGAUGGGGCAACUGCAGCCUCAUGGGAUGGGGAGCAGAACUGGCACGACCUGCCCCACCCUGCUGAGGCUGAGAAUUGCCCCCCACGAGCGGCUCUCCGGCAAGGCCAAGGCCCCAGAGGCACACAAACCAGUCUCAUAACUAUGCGGCUUUUGGCAGAAAUCCCUCCAGACUUAAUUAGUAAAAUGUCAGAAAUCCAAAAUCAUAUGAUCUUCAUAACCAGCAAUAAAAAGCAAAUUAUUUCACAAUGCCUUUCAACAGGUCUGAUUGUUGGGGGGAAAUUCCAGAUAAUGUGUAUCUUUUGUCGAAAUAAUGUAAUCAAAGUAGAGAGAGAGUUAAGUGGAAAUCAUCUGCCUCACAGGCAU